UCUAAAUGGAAUAAUCUUAUCUUGUGGUUCAACUAAAGUUUAAAGCCGGAUUCAAGGAGAAUGUCUAUGGAUUUACUUGGAUUUGUUCGUCAAGGAGACGGAGCAGGCAUGGAAUUCCUAUUGCUCUAUGUGCUAGUCUGGAAAAUGAAAGUUCCCGCCUCCGUAUGCAGAGCGUGUGUCAUUGCUGUGACUGGAUACGACACCACUACGGCCACUUGAGCGCAGAAUACCUUUCACUGCUGGACCAGAUGGGAGGAGAUAUCACAAAGCAGGAUGCCCCAGUCUUUUUCCCAACAUCACUUUACAGACACAUAGAUGAUGCUGAGUUUGAGGACAAAGUCAGAUUCCUGAAAGAGACCAUCUAUCAAAUCACAAAACUGUUUGAUGGGAAUAUGAAAUCUGUCACAUGGGACAAGAAAAACCUGGACGAUUUCCUCAACAUUCUAGAACGCCAAUUGGAGAACCUUAAUUCCUGUGUAACGGACAUAAAGCCUAGAAGGUUAAAGGAUGCCAUAAGGAGCCUGAACGGUUUCUGCGAAACAUAUGACUACGAGCCCAUGCAACCAUACUCCCAGGAGGUUUUUACACACAAGCCGCGAACAGAGGCUUUAAACGGCAGGUCAACUCCCCUGGGACAGGCCAACGGUGCGCCCCAUAUUUCUAAACACCAACGGACAAUCAGUGCCCAGAUCCACAGUUCCGCUUCACCCGAGCAAUUCACGAGACCGCGUUCCAAGGACAAGACUCCUCCCCGGCUUAUAAAGACAUCGAAGAAGCUACACAUCUAG